GGUGAAUACAGCGUGUUGCAUUCUGAUGCUAAUUGCAAAGUUAAUACAGACCGUUGUUUUUGGUCCUCUCCGUGUUAGUGAAAGGCAGCACCUCAAGGAUAAGUUUUGGAACUUCAUCUUCUACAAGUUUAUUUUUAUUUUUGGGGUGCUAAAUGUCCAGACAGUAGAAGAAGUGGUCAUGUGGUGCCUCUGGUUUUCUGGCCUUGUGUUUUUACAUCUCAUGGUCCAGCUGUGCAAAGACAGGUUUGAAUAUCUGUCUUUUUCUCCCACCACUCCACUGAACAGCCACAUUCGAGUCCUGACCCUGCUUGUUGCCAUGUUGCUUUCCUGCUGUGGCCUCGCAGUGGUAUGUGGGGUCAUUGGCUACGCCCAUGGAAUGCACACACUCUCUUUCAUGGCUGCGGAGUCCCUGCUUGUCACCGUAAGAACUGUGCAUGUGAUUUUACGUUACAUCAUUCAUCUCUGGGAUCUCAACCAUGAAGGCACCUGGGAGAGCAAAGGCACCUAUGUUUAUUACACUGAUUUCAUCAUGGAGUUAAUGCUUCUGUCGCUGGAUUUGAUGCACCACAUUCAUAUGCUGCUGUUUGGCAACAUUUGGUUGUCGAUGGCCAGCCUGGUGAUCUUUAUGCAGCUGCGCUACCUGUUCCACGAGGUUCAGCGCCGACUUAGGCGCCAUAAGAACUACCUGCGGGUGGUUGGAAACAUGGAAGCAAGGUUUGCGGUGGCAACUCCUGAAGAACUGGCGGCCAACAAUGAUGACUGCGCCAUUUGCUGGGAUUCCAUGCAGGCCGCCCGGAAGCUCCCUUGCGGCCACCUCUUCCAUAACUCAUGCCUGCGCUCCUGGCUCGAGCAAGACACCUCCUGCCCAACCUGCAGAAUGUCACUGAAUAUUGUAGACAACCACCACGUUCGGGAGGAUCACCAGAGAGAGAACCUAGAUGAAAACUUGCCCCCUGUGGCAGCAGCCGAAGGCAGACCUCACCUGAACCAGCACAAUCACUUCUUCCAUUUUGAUGGGUCCCGCAUUGCUAGCUGGCUACCAAGCUUUUCAGUUGAGGUGAUGCAUACCACCAACAUCCUUGGUAUUGCGCAGGCCAGCAACUCUCAACUCAAUGCCAUGGCCCAUCAAAUCCAAGAGAUGUUUCCCCAGGUUCCUUACCACCUCAUUCUGCAGGAUCUGCAGCUGACCCGCUCAGUAGAAAUAACAACAGACAAUAUUUUAGAGGGACGCGUCCAGGUGCCUUUCCCAACACAGCGUUCUGACAGUAUUCGACCAGCACUGAACAGUCCUAUAGAAAGGCAUAGUACUGAUCAGGAAGAUGCUGAAGAGGUCACUCAGACUGAAAGAAUCCCGCUUGAGCUCAGCUCAAGGCUGGAAGAGAUGGCAGAAUUUAACGAGAUGGAAGCAGCAGAAGCUGCCGAGACGGAGGACUUCGAAGUGAGAGGCAGUCGCUUCUCCAAGUCGGCUGAUGAAAGGCAGCGGAUGUUAGUUCAGAGGAAGGAAGAGCUGUUGCAGCAGGCACGCAGGCGCUACCUUAACAAAAGCUUUGAUGGUCCUGCCCCAGACCUUUCUUCUCAGGCUGAAGGAGCAGCCUCCGACCCCAUCACUUUGCGCCGUAGGAUGUUGGCUGCUGCUGCAGAGCGAAGAUUACAGAAACAGCGUCCGUCCUAACGCUUCUGGUCUGCUGUUCCUUUCCCACAUGCAACCUUGAUGUCAUCCUGCACUCUCCCUGCUGGUGAGGGGGGUCUCUUCUGAGCUCGGCAAACCAUGCUGAGGACAAGGGAUCAGGUUGGCUGCAUCUUCACUGUAGAAAAGCAUGUGAUAUCUAAUAAGUGUUUGGAUGGCUGACCACUUAAUCUUUUCUUGGGUUUGUUGUUUUCUUUGAGGUUGGGUUUUCUCUUUCUUUUUCAAGGGGUACCUAUCCCCCCCCUUCGUGACCCAACGUGCAAUUUUUAAAGCUCACUGUGCGUUGCAAGGAGGGAACGGGGGUGGAGCAACAUGUUUGUGGACUGUGAUUGAAGAUUACCAUGCCAGUAUGACCCCCCAUGAAGCUCUUUUGAGAAGUAGUAAAAUAAGUGAGAAAUGAAGGGUUAUGAUUUAAAACAAAAAAAAAGUCAUCUCACCCUCCUCUCCUCUGUAAGCAAACAUUGCUGCUGGGAAAGGAAGGUUUUUCCAUCUGAAAUGUAUGCAGAAUCGUUUGGAUCAAGGUGACAUUUCUACAGGGUUGGGGCAGGGAAGCUGAGCAUGUUACGUACCUGAGCCACGUGGGAGCAAAAGUCUUGCUGCAGUUUUGAAGUGGCUCAAAGUGAGGUGUUAAAUCUCCCCCCUUCCUCUCAUGGAAAGUUUUGAACAUCUCUGGAUUCUUUUUCCCGAGAGACUGGUGAGGAUGUUCAAUUCAUUUGUUGCCAGCAUUAGUCAUGUGGCCAAGGAGAAAACCCAGGGAUAAGGAGUAGGAGGAAGCUAUAAGGUGCUUUUAAAAUGCAGCAUUUCAGUUAAGCAAGCGGACGGGGCAAGAGAACUAAACUUGGAGGCAAAGUGCAGAGAAGCCUCUGCUGAGGUUUGGAAGGUGGCAUUUACUUAUGAAAGGUGGGCAGCAUGCAAAAAUCUAUUUUUUUAAUUGCACAGUUUGCAAUAACAUUAGCUUGAUAAUUGUACCAGUUCAAAAGACUUGAGGGCUAUUUGAUAUAUAGUUAGGUAUGUUUCAGCAGUUCUCAAAUACUUAAAAUGCUAGUAGGUAUGUUGGAGGCCCCUAAGGUCUUAGGCUCCAUAAAUGUGUUUACAAUGGAAGGCAAGCAAUUUUUAAGUGUUUAAGGAUUCUCACCCAUAUCCAGAAGGAGCCCAGUGUUAAUACAAAAAUGGAAAUAAUCUGUUUCACUGCUAGGUUUUUAGGAUGUUUAAAGGUGAAUUUAAGAAAACUGGAAGUGUUUAAGGGAAGGUAAUUUAUUUCAAUACAGCCUUUGCAAAGCCUUACCUUUCAAUGCUGUUUAAACUUUGGAGGGGAAAAAAACAGACUUUUUUGUGGUUCAAUUUUGCUCAGAACACAGCUCUUUGUUUUUAUUGUUUUAAAAACUGAAAAUAAAAACUCUUGAUCAGUGUUG